AUGGCGUCAACCACCAAGGGCCAAGCCCCAUCCUCGACUGGGCAAUCCCAAUACCAGCCUCCCUCCACUGGCAUCUUCAGUGUUAUGCCAGCCAGCUGGGUGCCAUAUGCUGAAUUGAUGCGUCUGGACCGACCCGCCGGCUUUUUUGCGUUCUACUGGCACUACCUGAUCGGGAUGAGCUUUGCCGCGGCCAUCCUGCCUUCCGUGACCCUCCGUGCCCUAGCGGAGGCAGCAAUCUACCAAAUCGUCUGGGUGAUCAUCCUGCGCGGGGCCGUCUGCACCGUGAACGACAACUUCGACCAGGAGUUCGACCGCCAGGUCGCGCGGACCCGCUGGCGGCCCAUUGCGCGCGGGGCGGUCUCCACCACGCAGGCCAACCUCUUCGCCGCGGCGCAGGUCGCCAUCCUGGCCGUGAUGGCCCUGCGGUGUCCGCUGCAGCAAGCCGCGGGGCUGAGCGCCGUGCCGCUCUACGCCAGCCUGACCACGGUGAUCCUCAGCGUCUACCCGCUGGGGAAGCGGGUGACCGACAUGCCGCAGAUGAUCCUUGGCGUGGGCUUUGCGGCGGCGAUCCCGUUUUCGGCCGCCCUGCUAGGGCUCGACCUCUUCCCCGUUUCACCCUUCAAUCUGCACCCGGAGACAGCGGAUGCGCGGUUGGCGGCCGCCUCGCUCGGCCUGUGUGUGGCCUCGGGCAUCUGGACCGUCAUCUUCGAUACCGUCUACGCGCACCAGGACCGCGCGGACGACAUCAAGGCGGGCGUGCGCUCGCUGGCCGUUCGUCUGGGCGAUCACACUAAGCCGGCGCUUGCCGUGCUGGCGGUCGCGCAGAUCGGGCUGCUGGUGUUUACGGGCGUGCAGAGCCGGUUCUCGUCGGUGUACUUUGUCGGGUCGUGUGGAGCUGAGGCCCUCGCAUUGGCUACUAUGCUCGUUGUGGUUGAUUUGAGCAAGGCGGCCAGCUGCGCUUGGUGGUUUGGGAAGGGAACGGCUAUUGUGGGCGUUAUUUUGCUGUCCGGGUUGGUUGGAGAGUACUUGUUGAAGUGA